ACAAGGAUCCACUAAGGUAUAGCAUCUUUCGGUUAUACAAGCUUGGAUGACUCUUUUUGAUUACAACAUUUUUUUCAGCUGCUUUUGAGGGUGACAAUCUCAAUCUGUGCGUACCGUGCUCCGACUGCUGACGUACAAAUACGGGAAGAUAAGUACCUGAAUGAUGAGUUGGACGGAUCAAUCUAGUAUGGUGCUGCCGGAAGACCCCUUGGACCCCUUGUAUCCAGUGCCUUGGACAAGAAUGGAUGAACUUUUGGCAAAACUUCGUAUUGAUGUACCUAUUUCACAACCAGUUUAUGGAAUGGUUGAAACUGCCCUUCGAUGGAAAAAUACCGACGCCUCGAAAAAGAUUGAAGUUUACACCACCGGUGAACGAUUUGAAAACUCUGCUAUUGUUGGGAUUCAUAAAGUAACGGAUUCGAAUGACUACAGGAUUACAUUGCACUGCUUCAACAAGGAAACCUCGGCACUCAAGAAUGCAUUAAUAAUGACAAACAGAAUAGAGUGGAAGUCACCUAAGACGACAGUAUGGUUCACUGCAUUUCACGAUGAUUUACUAUCCACUGUGAAUGAAUGUCUCUCUACACACAAGUUUCAAACUUUUGUAAAAGCAAACAUCAUAUACGUAUGGAAAUCUCCUGACCAGCUCGUUGAACGCGAAAUCUUCUGCCCUGAGGAUGUUUUUCUGGCACCUGUGGACCUUAAAUCAUUAGAUAUGGUUAAAAGGCACCGAUGCCAAUUCCCUGGUGUGGAAGAAUUUGUUGCAACGCUUAUAUUGCACAAGCCAAGCCUGGGAGUUUAUUCACGCAGAACUGGAGAGCUUUGCGCCUGGGUUUUAUGCAAUGAGUUCUACGCAUUGGCCUCACUUCACACACUAGAGGCACACCGCCGAAAAGGCUACGCGCAACUCCUGUGUAACGCAUUGAGUGAACAGCUUCUCCGAUCGAAUAUCAUCAUUGGAGCUUUGGUGGAGGAUACUAAUAUUCCCUCGCUAAAUCUGUUUAAAUCUUUGAAUUUUAAAUCUGUAAAACCAAUACACAGCAUCUCCGCGGCACGUUCAGUCACAGUCAAAGAGUGAAUAAUUGUUCAUUUUUAGGAAUUAAUUCCGUUAGGUAUAAAAAUUGACUGCCAUGCUGAGGUUUAAGGCAGUAUAUGAAUAUUUAGUGGUUGCCAAAUUUCUUCUAACGGCAUAUAUUUUUUUAAACGUUUCAAGUUUACUAAUUUUAAGUAUGAACACUAUUUCCAGAAAAAUUAUUUAAUGGAAAAUAGUCACAAAUUUUCCUGAAAAUUGGUGUUUUCAAAGGCAAGUCGCCUAAACUUGUAUAUACGGCGUUUUGCAUUGGCGUGGAAGGUUCGAUCAGCACUACUCAUUGCUUUAUUGCGAACAAUGAAGAGCUGUGCAUCAAAUAGUGAGGCUAAAAAAGAAGGUUGAGAUCAGUGGCGUGGCGUGCUUUGCGAUUUAUCGAUUGAUCUGUCAUUUAAACCUAUGGAAGAGGAUUGAUUAACAGGGUGUUCUUAUCGAACACCUUAAUAAUCGAUUCUUCACCACGGAUUCAAAUGGGGAAAUAUCGGUAACCGAUCAUGGUUGAGAUCUACUACCCUACACCUAUAGGGCCUUAAUAUAUUCUCUUGUCUCUUUCUUUGCUUCAUUCUCAAUAAACGUAUACGGACUA